AUGAAAUUUCUAUCCAUUGCCAUUUUGGCCAAUCUACUUGGUGUUGGAACUGCCUACACCCAAUCUGCCUACAACUUGUCGACGGCAUUCCGUCCUAUUGUUCCAAGAUCGAAACCCGAAUAUGUCAGUGCGCCGACUGGCACUCCAUGUGCAGGCAAUUCACCCAGCGACAGAUCCGUCUGGUGUGAUUACAGUAUCGACACAGACUACGAAAAUGUCGUCCCUGACACUGGUGUGACACGCGAAUACUGGUUUGAGGUUACCGAAACCACCCUCUCUGCUGAUGGGUUUAUGCCUCCACGUCUGGUCAUGACUGUCAAUGGCACUUUACCCGGUCCUCCCCUCGUUGCAGACUGGGGCGACUGGGUGAUCGUCCAUGUCACCAACCAUCUUUACCACUCAAGGAACGGAUCUAGCAUACACUGGCAUGGUAUCCGUCAAAACUAUACGAAUUCAAACGAUGGCGUCACCUCAAUAACCCAGUGUCCUAUUGCUCCGGGCUCGACCAUGACCUACAAAUGGCGGGCUGUUCAGUAUGGGUCAUCGUGGUAUCACUCCCAUAUUGGGUUGCAAGCCUGGGAAGGUGUAUAUGGCGCUAUCAUUAUCAAUGGACCGGCAACUGCAAACUACGAUGUGGACAAGGGCGCAAUAUUUUUGAGUGAUUGGACCCAUGACACCGUGGAUGAACGGUAUCUUGAUUUCGAACUACGUGGCCCCGCCAGACCGCUUGCAAAUGGACUCAUCAAUAGUCAAAACAUAUAUGGUAACGGCACAAAUACCACCGGGACACGUUACCAUAUGAAAGUGGACCAAGGCAAAUCCUACCGGCUACGACUAGUGAACCCAGCUAUCGACACGCAUUGGAAGUUCACGAUUGACAACCACAUAAUGACCGUCAUUGCAAUGGACCUUGUCCCCAUUAAACCAUACAACACGAGCGUUCUUAGCCUCGGGAUGGGCCAACGCUACGACGUUAUCAUCACUGCCAACCAGGAGCCCGUAGCUAACUCCUUCUGGAUGCGAGCUAUACCAGCCAGUGCAUGUUCAAAGAACGACAUGGCUGGUAACAUUCGAGGCAUCGUCUACUACGAUGACCAUCCUACGGAACCACAGACCAACCCAUACCCUUCUACAAACAUCUGCGAAGACGAACUCUUAACAAAUCUAGUCCCCCAUCUCCCAAAAGAUGUCGAUCCACCAAUCUCCCCAGCCUGGAACAGCAACGUGAUCGUCAACAACACAAGAAACGAGCAGAAUCUCUUCCGCUGGCAGUUCAACGCCACCUCAAUGAACGUGAGCUGGGCGGAUCCGACAUUACUCCAAAUCUACAACGACGAGAUGUACUUCGCCAACUCAAGCGGCGUGAUCGAGUUGCCCUUCAAGGAUAAAUGGGUUUAUCUUUUCAUCCAGAACACUAACAUCACGCAUCCCAUUCAUCUGCACGGUCAUGACUUCUCGAUACUGGCGCAAGGGCAGAGUGAGGGUGGGAGCCUGCAGUGGGAUGGUUCUAUGGUUCUGCAGAAUCCUCCGCGUCGGGAUACGGCAGUGUUGGCUGGUAAUGGGUAUUUGCUUAUUGCUUUCCAGACGAAUAAUCCCGGUGCGUGGUUGAUGCACUGUCAUAUUGGAUGGCAUGUCAAUGAGGGACUGGCGCUACAGUUUAUAGAGCGGUAUGAUGAGAUUGAGGAGCUUGUUGAUUACCAUCCGUUCAAUCAGAACUGUGCUGCAUGGGAUAGAUAUGUCAAUUCGGCAGUUAUUACGCAGAACGACUCGGGUGUUUGA